GCCCGGGCGGGUCCCGGGGCGGGACGGGGCGCUCGAAGAGCUCCUUAAGGGCUGGACGAGCCGCCCUCCCCGGCAGCGUUCCGGUCUGAGGCCAUGGCGACCUGCGUGCAGCUCAACACGGGGGCCAAGAUGCCCCUCCUGGGGCUGGGAACUUGGAAGUCUACUGCUGGGAAAGUAACAGCUGCAGUGAUGGCUGCCAUCGAUGCUGGGUACCGCCACUUCGACUGUGCCUAUGUGUAUGAAAACGAAAAUGAGGUUGGGGAAGGGAUCCAGCAGAAAAUAAAGGAAGGUGUUGUGAAACGAGAGGACCUCUUCAUUGUCAGUAAGCUGUGGUGCACAUUUUUUGACAAGCCUCUGGUGAAGGGAGCCUGCAAGAAGACGCUUGCUGCUCUGAAACUGGAUUACCUGGAUCUCUACCUCAUCCACUGGCCUUGUGGCUUCAAGGCAGGAGAGGAGAUAUUUCCCAAAGAUGACAAAGGCAUGUGUAUACCUAGCAACACUGAUAUUCUACAGACAUGGGAGGCCAUGGAAGAGCUGGUGGAUGCUGGUCUGGUAAAAGCCAUUGGAAUCUCCAAUUUUAACCAUGAGCAGAUUGAAAGAAUCUUAAACAAGACAGGACUGAAAUACAAGCCUGCAAACAACCAGAUCAAAUGUCAUCCAUACCUCACCCAGGAGAAACUGAUCAAGUACUGUCAAUCCAAAGGGAUUGCUGUGACAGCGUACAGUCCACUUGGCUCUCCUGACAGACCAUGGGCUAAGCCAGAGGAUCCUUCCCUUCUGGAUGACCCCAAGAUCAAAAUUGCAGCCAAGUACAACAAAAACCCAGCACAGGUUCUCCUUCGCUUCCAGAUCCAGAGGAAUGUAACAGUGAUUCCCAAGUCUGUCACACCACAGCAGAUUGCAGAGAAUUUCAAGGUGUUUGACUUUGAAUUGGCGAAAGAGGAGAUGGCCACUAUUUUCAGCUUUAACAGAAACUGGAGAGCAUAUACAAUGAGCAUGUGCAAAAAUCACAAGGACUACCCUUUUGAUGCAGAAUACUGA